GCUGCGUGAUAUUGAAUGCGUGAGCGUAUGGACCGUAUGGACUUCCUUCUCGGGCUGGCGGCUUUUCGCUGAUGGGAACAGCCGAGCGCGGCAGUUUGGACGUUUUGAAGUAUUAGUUAACGCUGUUGGCGGGUUUGGUCACGUCGUGGCGCCUGGGAAUGAGUGGUAGUAUUAAGUUAUCAUUUUUGCUGGUCGCCGGAAUCCUGCUUUUAGACAGAGUUAGUUCCGCGCUUGCAUCUGCUAGUUUGUACGAUCAUUCCAUGCCGCUUCAGGUCCUCAACACAACGAACUUCGAUAAAGUAAUCCUCAGAAAGGAGAAUGCUUGGCUUGUGCAGUUCUACAACCACUGGUGUGGCCACUGCAUCAAAUUCUCCCCGAUAUUUAGGGCAUUUGCCAACGACAUUGCAGGUUGGAAGCCUGUUAUAAGCCUUGCAGUCAUUGACUGUGUAGAUAAUAUGCAGACAUGUCGCACAUAUGGCAUCAAUUCUUAUCCUACUAUCAAAUUUUUUCAAGCACGCUCAACUUUUCAAGAUCGAGGUGUUGAAGUAGAAACACACCACCAUCCAGAACAGUUGAGACACCAGGCUGUUGACCUUGUGGAUAGCGAAAAUGCCUAUCGAGGGGAGCGGCCUAGAAGCUGGCCUUCAUUUGAUGCCUUUCAGGGGGAAAAAACUACAGAAGGGCUAUGGGCGCACGUACCAGCAAAUAUAGACGUCCAAAUUCUCGUUGUGGAGCUUAACACUUCAUAUGUCGGGAAAGAGGUAGCCUUGGAUCUCUCGUCAAGGCAAUCCUCCAUUUAUGUGCAACGUCUGGUGGUCUCCUCAGACAGAACCUGGCUGUCGUCCUUGCUUCCUGAUGAGACAAGUGUUUCCAGUGUUUACUGGGCGGACCUGUAUGUCCUAUACCGUAACGGCAGCUCAACUAGGCUACUCAGGGUGAAAGAAGAAGAUCGCUCACGAGACCAUGUGCUGAUGGUUUUGGAACCUUACGUGCGAGAAAUAAGUUCGAGUACUGCAACAACAAUUUCUAGUACAUCAUCACCAGAGGAGAGCAAAGCAGUCGAUACGAACAAGGUGUACCUGGCUGACCUAAAUAAUGCACUGGUCUACUCAUUGCGCCAAGAAGUGGCUGGCCAUGAACAUCUCAAUCACACUGAACUUACCGCUCUGGUGCACUUUGUUGAUGUCCUGGUUAAGUAUUUUCCAGGAGAUGACCCAACAAAGUUGGUGCUGCAAGACUUGCACACCUUUCUGACAUCAGCUGGGACAGAGUCCUUACAGGGAGAACAGCUCUCGGCUUUUCUUAACAAGCAGGUGCAUCUACCUGUCAUGGGGCCCUAUGAAGGCUGUCAAGGUAGCCAGCCACGAUUACGGGGUUAUCCUUGUUCUCUAUGGAUGCUUUUCCAUACCCUGACUGUUAGUGCCUACCUCAAGUCUGGAGGCUACCCACUUGGAAGAGACAGAGCCGGUGCCGAUGUGCUCCAGGCUGUCAGGAGCUACGUGACCUAUUUUUUCUCCUGCCGCUACUGUGCUACCCACUUUAGCACCAUGGCAAAGGAUUUGGACUCUGAGGUGCAAACGUCACAUGAUGCUGUGCUCUGGCUCUGGCGAGCACACAACAAAGUCAAUGCACGACUGGCUGGGGACAUCUCAGAGGAUCCACUGCACCCUAAGCAGCCCUUUCCUCCACGUACUCUGUGCAGCGACUGCCAUGAUGGCACCCACUGGAAUGAGCAGCGUUCACUCAACUUCCUACUGCACUUCUACGCACCUGAUGGCCUAGUGCCUGUCGGAAGCCCUACCUCCGACAGGCCGGACCUUUCGUUGCUGGCUGCCACGAGCGGCGGUACACAGGCCUGGUGGUCCUCCCUGUUGUUCUUGCUGGCAGCGGUCUUUCCGGCGCUUUAGCAUUGCGCAAGGUCCUUGCCUUUCAAGGAGCUCCACCCGAUAUCCUAUUUUAGCCAAGACGAACAAUGGGUUACGCGCGCAUAAUCACAUUGCCAAAGCAACAUACCUAACGGUUCACGCACGAGACAGGCGCGAUAGCUGAUGUAGUCAGGUAAAUGGACGUUCAGGUAGCACGUCGUGCGCAUAUAUAUGCAAAGCCGAAACUUCAGCGCACGCGUUUUAUAUUCAUGUUUGUGCGCACAUU